AUGUCCAUCCGCAAGUGGAAAGCUGCCGUCGUGCAAGCAGAGCCAUGCUGGUUCAACCUCGAGGCGGCGGUGAAGAAGACAUGCGAUCUGAUGCGCGAAGCAAAGGCGGGCGGCGCUUCCCUCAUCGCUUUCUCAGAAGUCUGGAUACCUGGGUACCCCAACUUCCUGUGGAACGGCAACUACCGCGAAAAUCUGUCUCUUGUUCAGUCAUACAUCAAGAACAGCAUGACGGCGACUGGUCCUGAAAUGCUGGAAAUCCGCAAGCUCGCCGCCCACUUGGGCCUUUUCGUCGCCCUCGGCUUCAGUGAACGUGAUAAUGGUAGCCUCUACCUCGGUCAAGUUUUGAUUUCCUCUGAAGGCAACAUUCUCAUGCACAGAAGAAAGACGAAACCCACGCACGUCGAAAGAACUAUCUUCGGCGACUCAACAGGCGAUUCGCUAAACAGUGUCGUCGACACGCCUCUGGGCAAGAUCGGGAUGCUAAAUUGCUGGGAACACAUCCAACCUCUGUUGAAGUACUACCAGUAUGCGCAGGGGGAGCAGGUGCACAUCGCUGCGUGGCCGUUCAAUCCUCCACACUCGGGAGGGCCAGAACCGUACAAUGUCUGCAGCGAAGCCAAUGAAGUGACCGCCUCACGAAUGUACUCUAUCGAGGGGCAGGUGUUCACUCUGGUCACUAACCAGCCGCUGAGUCCAGCUGGCAUCAAGGCGAACUCUUCCGGACACAACUCUGCAGCUGGCUCUUUCAUGACCUCCGAGGGCUGGGGAGGCGCCUCUGGUGUGUUUGGUCCCGACGGCCGCAAGAUCACACCAGAUGCUGCCCCCGACUUUGAUGGUAUCAUCUACUGCGACAUCGACUUGGAUGACAUCUACUAUGCAAAAGCGAUCGCCGAUCCAGUUGGUCAUUACUCGAGGCCGGACCUGCUUCGCAUUCUGGUCGAUGAUCGUCCCAAGAAUUACGUGGUCAAGUGCGGAGCCACCAAUGGCGAAUUUGAAGCGGACAAGCCCUUACUUGCCAUUCACAAAUCGAUCGACGAACUUCACUCUAGCAGUUCUAGCAACAGCGAUGCACCUUCCUGGGAUGCCUUGAGUUCCUAAGGCACCGCAC